UAAUCAUCUCAGUCGUGAAGUCUUUUUCUCCGGAGGAAUUUUUCAGGGUUUGCCUGGUUGCCAUGGAUUCUGUGAAGCUGUCGAUGCUGGUCACGAAUGUUAUCCUUCCUCUUAACGCCUUUGUAGUGGGAAACUGAUUUUUUUUUUUUUUUUUUUGCACUGGUGUGACUGCAUUUAGGGAGAGAUACAUUCGUGUGUGAUUGCUCCUCCUGGCCAAUUGCAUGCAUUUUGUUUCGUACUUUACUAGUUUCCUGCUGUUAGGGAGAACAGAACUGUCAAGCCCUAUUUCAUUUUCAGCUGCUGCGGUGGAAUUAACGUGUGCUAAAGUUCCUCAGCCGUUCCAUUUACUGAGAUGAACUGAAGCUGGAAAAGACAAAGGAUCAGCAUUUCUUUUAUGGGAUUUGCAAGCUGCUUCAGCUGCAAAGUGAUGAAGAUGUUACGGACUGCAGGUGUUUCAUUCUCAUUUGCCUUAUCCGCAAUACUAUGCUUAUUAAACUGGACAGCAGCCCUAGACAUACCACUUGAGGCCUUAGGUCAUACAAACAUUGAACAACUUCCAACGAUCACAGAGCAGUCACCGACCUCUCAAGUAGCGUUUCCCUUCGAUGAAAACGUUCCAAUUAAAUGUGAAGGAAAAGGGAAUCCGCACCCAGAAUUUAAAUGGACUAAGGACGGUCAGCCUUUCGAUCCCUCAGACGACCCAAGGGUGACUAUGGUUGAAAAUUCAGGAACAUUUAUAAUCGGAAACAAUGGAAACAUAUCAGAGUUCCAGGGUGUUUAUCGCUGUUCUGCCACAAACAAACUGGGAACAGCCAUUUCAGAAGAGAUCGAAAUCAUAAUACCAACCAUCCCAAAGUUUCCUAAAGAAAAAAAUCCACCGAUAACAGUUGAAGAAGGAAAUGCUGUUGUUCUGCAGUGCAACCCCCCAAAAGGAAUUCCUCCCUUAAAAAUACACUGGAUGACAAUUAGUCUGCAGCAUAUUGAACAAGAUGAAAGGGUUUCUGUGGGGCUCAAUGGAGAUCUGUAUUUCUCGAAUGUCCUGGAAAAGGACAGUCGGAGAGACUAUUGCUGUCUUGCAGCUUUUCCACGAAUCAGAACUAUUGUGCAAAAGACACCAAUGACCCUGAUCGUCAAUAGAAUUCAAUCUUUCAGUGACAGAGAAUCAUCUGUUACCUCUGGUGCUAACUCUAUUCUGCAGAGAAAACCCAAGCUUCUGACGCCCUCUGGUGGUCAUUCUGCAAUAAGUAUUGUGAAGGCAGACACACUUCAGUUGGAGUGCAUUGCAGAAGGACUCCCAACUCCUAAAAUAGAAUGGACCCGACUGGAUGGAGAACUACCAAAAAGAGCUGUGUUUCCAAACCAGGGAAAACUCCUUAAAAUACCUGAAGUCACAGAAGCUGAAAAUGGCUUAUAUCAGUGCAACGCUGCCAAUGCUUUGGGGAAAGUAUCACAUAACUUCCAAGUUACAGUUGAAGAGCCACCUCGAUGGGUAUCUAAGCCUGAAAGUAUGAUAUAUACGAUUGGAUCAGAUGUUACAUUAGAUUGCAAAGCUGCUGGCAAGCCAGAGCCAACAAUACAAUGGAAAGUUAAUGGCGUGCCUCUCAGAACUAUGCCAGUAUCUAUUGACAAUCAAAUUGUGCGCAGGAAUGUAAAAAAAAAUGACAGCGCAGUUUAUCAAUGUGAAGCUUCCAACAAGCAUGGCACUAUUCUUGCCAGUGCUAAUAUCCUGGUAAUGAAUCUUGCUCCAAUGUUACUUACUGAUAAUAAUCUGGAAUAUGCAGCAGUGGAAGGGAAAGAUGUUCUCCUGGACUGCAAAGUGUUUGGAUCACCACACCCUGUAGUUGAAUGGGACAGAGAAGACUCAGCCUCACCUGUUCAAGGUCCAAAGUAUUCUAUAUAUGAAAAUGGUUCCUUGAACAUAAAGAAUACUGUAAAGGAAGAUUCUGGGCUGUAUACCUGUUUGACUGGAAACACAGAAGGAAAAGCUGCAAUCACUGCCAUAUUAGAUAUAAGAGACGCUACACAAAUUGUGGAACCUCCAGAAAAUAUAAAGGUUCUAAGGGGAAGCACAGCUCAAUUCACAUGUGAAGCAAAGUAUGAUUCUGCUUUCGCAAAUGACUUCCAGGUUUCAUGGAAUAAAGAUAACGAGGAAAUAACUUUUAUCCACACAGACAACAGCAGAUUUUAUGUUGAAGAUGGUGUGUUGCAAAUAAUGAACGUGAGUGCUGAGGAUCAAGGAAAUUACACCUGUGUAGCUAACACUUCCUUAGACCAAGCCCAGGAAACAGCAGAGCUUAUUGUGUUGGAUGUGCCUGACCCACCAGAAGAACUGAAACUCUCUGAACCUAAAAACACAAGUGUGAGACUGAACUGGACCCCUGGGAACAGUCAUAACAAGCCAAUAAUUGAGUUCAUUGUUGAAUAUGAAGAAUCCAGAUGGAAGCCAGGGGAUUGGCAUGAAUUGGUAAGAGUUCCUGGGAAUCACACUUCAGCACUUCUGAAGCUACAUGGCCAUGUAGACUACCAGUUCCGUGUCUCAGCAGUUAAUGAAAUUGGAAGAAGCCAACCCAGUGACCCUUCAAACAGAUACAAAACUCUACCCACAGCGCCAGAAAACAAUCCAGGUGGCAUCAUAAUGGAAGGAAAUUUGCCUAACGAAAUUCAUAUUAAAUGGGAGCCUCUGAAGCCCAUUGAACAGAAUGGUCCUGGACUGGAGUACAAAGUAAGCUGGAGACGAAAAGGAGUUGAGGAUAACUGGAAUGAAGAAGUAGUGAAAAGGCAUUCCUUCUUUAUACGUAACACUCCAACAUUUGAACCAUACGAGAUUCAAAUCCAAGCGAUAAAUCAUCUCGGCUUUGGUCCUGAGCCAAAAGUGGUGACUGGAUUUUCAGGAGAGGAUUUCCCAGAAUCUGCUCCUCAAAAUGUCACAGUGGAGAUCAUGAACAGCACAGUAAUCAGGGUCAACUGGUUAAGAGUUCCACAGGAGAGUAUCCGUGGCCAUCUUGGGGGAUAUAGGGUUCACUGGUGGAAGGUGAGAAGCUUGCUGGAGGGGAAAAGAGGGCAUAGCGAAAAACAUUCUUUGACAUUCCAUGGGGACAGAAAUCAUGGAAUGGUUCCAGGACUGAAACCUUUCUCUGAAUACAGUCUAAUCGUUAUGGCUUUUAAUGGGAGAGGAAAUGGACCAGCAAGUACGCCUUUCACGUUUAAAACCCCAGAAGGAGUUCCAGAACAUCCUGCUUUAUUGAGAGUUGCAAGUUUCAGUAUGGAUUCAAUAACUCUCUUAUGGGUACCACCACUGGAGCAAAAUGGCAUCCUCACAGGACACAUGUUGCAAUACCAACUGAUUAAUGACACAGAAGAGCUAGGCAACCUGCACAACAUCACCAUCUCAGACCUUACAGUGACCAGGUGGAAGGUUGGGGGCUUGGAGACAAGCAGCAAGUACAAGUUCUAUAUGAGUGCCUGCACCAGGGUGGGCUGUGGAAAACCAAUUACAGAAGAAGGAAUAACCACCAUGGAAGGAGAUUUUACUUCAGCUACAGCGACGGCAGGUGAUACAAACUUCAGACACACCACCACUCUUUCUAUUCCAACUACUACUCUUUCUCCAGUUGCCAAUGUCUCUCUGUCUUCCAUAGGUAUUCAAUUAUUUCCAAACUUCCCUAAAAUUGUUUGUUCUGAACCAGCCUUACUGAACAUUAGUUCUUCUGUUAGUGACACCAAAGCUAACAUUAGCUGGAUUACUGGGAUGGCACAAAAGGAAUCUGAGUUUUACAUUGCAUAUAUGAAUAACCGUAAAGGUAACUGGAAGAUUUCAGAAGCAGUAAAUAUUUCACACAAUUUCCACAUCAUUGAGGGACUUGAUCCUGGAUCUGAAUAUACAAUCCGUCUUAUGACUAAGAACUGGGUUGAUAAUACUAGUAUUUUUGAAGAUGUGGUCGAGACCAGGGGGAAAGCUUAUGCAGGUAUCUAUGAUGGGAUUUCCACACAAGGAUGGUUCAUUGGCGUGAUGUGUGCUGUAGCUCUUCUUACCUUAAUUAUGCUCAUUGCCUGCUUUGUCCAGAGGAAUAAAGGCGGGAAAUAUUCAGUGAAAGAAAAAGAAGAUUUACAUCCAGACUUAGAAUCCCCAGGAAUUAUUGAUGAUACUUUCUGUGAAUACAGUGAUAAUGAUGAAAAACCACUAAAGGGAAGCCUUCAGUCGCUGGAUGGAGAAAUUAAAGCUGCAGAGAGUGGUGACAGUCUUGCCGGUUAUGGAGAUGAAGAGCAUGAUCAGUUCAAUGAAGACGGCUCUUUUAUUGGAGAGUAUGCUGCACACAAGAACAAAGGGCCUGUGGGGGUGAAUGGAAGCUCAAAAGGAUUACAUCAAGUUACUGCAUAAGGAAAUGGACACAACACUUAUUUUGUGUCACAACUGUAGACAAUACAGUAUUCUGAACGGGAGUGUAAAACAUAUUCUCUGAAGCACAAUUUCGAAUGAGAAAUCCUGAAUAGUACUAUUGUAUGCCACACUGCCAUUUCAAGCUCACUGUAUGGCAAGUGCCUGCAUACUGUGUGAGACUUGGAAUAAUUGUUUUCAAAUUUGUACAUUUGUGGUUCGUUUUAUACAUUGUCUGAUGAAAUAUAAACUUUGCUUCUACUGUUUUUGAAAACGCAACACUGUUCAUAUUUUGAUCUUAAGAUAAAAGAAACUGUGAUAUCUUCUGUCAAUUGAUGUAUGACUGAAAUGAGAAAUGCAUGUGUAGCAUUUUACUGUCAGUGUCAUAUGUAGCUGAAUAUAUUUUAUCCAGCUCCACAUGUAUAAUCCAAUGCCUAUACAUAGCAGUCACGUGUGCAUCGCUAGAUAUGAAGACAGUUUUGAUCUCUUGCAGCAGAAAUGUAAUAUUAUGUAAAAAAAGAACCCUGAUUAGAUAAAGAAAUGUGUUAUUAUUGGCAAUUGUAUGUCCACUACAUGCACUGUAGUAAAAAACUAAAAGAAAAAAGAAUCCCUUAAAUCUGAUACUUAAACAUGCAUGCCAGUAGUCCAGAAAUUAAGUAUAGAUUGAAAAUGUCAUUUAAUAUUAAACUAUUUAAAGUGUUUAGACUUUAGAAGCUACUCAAAUGUAUUUGUGUCAAAAGGCAGAUAAUAUUUAUCUGAACCCUAGCAGUAUGUUAAAAAAAAAUAUAAAAUAUAUAUAUAUAUCUCAGUAUGUUUACUUUUGUGAAAUUCAGGGGACAUGAACCAGGGCUUCGCUAUUUCCUAAUUUCACCUGUCUAUCGUCAUUGGCUCCCUAUUUAAACCCAGUCACAGCUCAGCUCUUUCUCCUGUGGGUGAAUAUUGAUUCUCACUUCCGAUCUAGAGUUCCCAUAACUCCACCGGUUCUUUGUGCAGUCAGAAGGGACCACUGGACACACUGUUCUUUCACAGCUCACGUGCUUUAUCUUGCCUCAUGAAAAAAGGCUCUGUCUUACUUCCUCCUUUAUCCUCCUGGGACAUGACCCUCAUACUCUUAGUGCUUGAAUUCCAUAACUAACAAUUAUUUGUGUUCUUUCAGAUUCUCUUUUCUUCCUUACGUCAAGGCUUCGUAUGAGCCGUUCCAUCCUUUGAGGGUCAAAUCCGGUCGUUAACUGGGACCCAGAUGCGAGGCCGAACCUAUAACGACCCUGAUAAGUCAGAGGACUCUGUUUUUAGGGGCACGGAGGCCGAUAGGGCCAGCCUCAACUACAUAGGGAAGGCUCUCUCGAUUGGAGUUCAGCCCAUCCUUUUUUCUCUCUCUCUCGCUCUAGAGGCCGACACUCCCUUCCUCUCGCAGCCCUGGUUCCCACCCUGUGAAAUAUAUAUAUAUAUAUAUAUAAUCACACACACACACACACACACACAUUUACUUCAGGUUAUUUCAAUGUUCUGCCAUAAAACAAAUCACUGAAAGCUUCCAGGGUUUUAAUUUGUGUUUUUAGUAUUGUCACAUCCCUAAUCUGGGACCUGAUGUACUGCAAACACAGGUUCUCGUUCACAAGGCUGUAAUCUCAUUCAAUAUAAAGUGGAUACACAGAAAAAAAAGAGUGUAUUAUAUUUUAUGGUUCUGUGUUAAGUUAAACCAGCUGCCUAGUUUGUGUCUGCUGGUAAAAAGAAAAUAAAUUGUGAUAUUCAGGGGCAUGAAGAAAUUAUAGACAUUUCAACAAAUCUGCUCAAAAGGUCAAGCUGUACAGUGUAUAUUUCCUUUCUAUAAAGCCUUUAUCAAAAUGCAUGGCACUUUUUGAACAAUUACAGCUUGGUUUUAAGUACACCUACUUUUUGUCUUUUGUUAUGUGUGACAGAUUUUUUUCUUUAUCCAAGAUUUUGCAUAUUUGUCAAUUGUGAUAAUAUUCAUUACAGAGAACCCAAUUGACAUUUACAGAUGUCAUGUAUUCAUUUUGGAGAAAGUUUAUUUUGACAGAUUUUGACAAGAAACAUCUUCUCUCAAUGACAAACCCUUAACAUACUGAAUCCUAACCGGGUUGUGCCGUUUCUUUUCUCCCUCUAUGGUAUGGGUGUGCAAGGAGUUGAGAUUCAUCACAACUGGACAGUGUUAUUUUGGGUAGCAGAGGUCAGAUAAUUUGUGAAAUCUGAGAUGGCAUGUCAUUAGUAAUCAGUAUCUUGUAUAACCCAAAUUGCUUGCAUUAGCUUGCACAAAAUAAAAUUAUGGAACCAUAACUAAAAAAAUAUUGUUCAAUUGAGAAUCAAAUCAAUAGAAAUGCGUGGGAUUGACAGAUGUGUUUUUGAUAAGAAUAAGAUAAUGUCAGAACUUGUUAGCUUCAGGCUAUUUUGUUACUAAACAUGCCAUUGCCCAAACAUAAUGGAUGUUGUUUUGCCACAAAGCAGAAAUACAUUGCUGAUACUAGUCAACACCAGAUACUUCCCAUUCCUAGUGCCCAUUAAAUUCAAACUAGAAGGCUGGAGUGACUGAUUCAUUGAGCUGCAUUUGGUUAUUGUAAAAUGAGUGCUGUGUAGUGGUUAACGAAACACAUUGACUUUUGACAUUGACACAAAAGUGUCAGGGCUGAGUGGUCCCAAAUGCUGUUUUCAGCAGCCAGAUAUGCUUUGUUUUUGCCAGGCCAUAAUGGGUAUCAGUCCUACAUUGGAUUGUUUUGUCUGAUUUUAUUGGGGCAGUAGCCUACUAUUUUUGACAGCUGCUGUUAUAAAAACAUUACGCUAGUCAUUGCUGUUUAGAAUCUAUAUUAAGCACUGAAACUGGAUGCUGACCAAUCAACAUUAAAAUGAAUACUUGCAUUCUUCUUUUCAGAACCAAAUACACCUUUCUGAAAUUUGUAUCUGUUUUACGGGUUGUUGAGGUUUUAUUUCCACUACACCUUUUUUUUUAUUCUCCAGAAAAUAAAUGUUGAUGGUAAUGUUAAUCAGAAUAUUAAUCUGGUAUUGGUAUUGGGGGUUAUCAAGUUUUUUGAAGACACCCCUCGAAUACUGUUUGAACCCGAUUUCAACCUGGUCAUGCAUUUUCAGCAGUCAUGUCCCCAAUCACAGGUUGUUUCAUACAUUAAACUUUGGAAUAAUCUUUUUUGUGGGUUGGAUUUAGAAAAUAUCACUUUGAUCUGUCCAUUCAAGUACCAAAAGAACAUGAUUUGGUUUUAUUAACUGUACAUGACAUCUGUUCUGUAGUUAAAAAUGACCUUGUGCACCCUUACUUUAGUGGAAAUAAUUGUUACUGUUGAACCAAAGUUUAUUUUUUAUUUGUUAUCCUACCUGUAUAAAAGCUUUUCUUUCAUCACUUGUAUCAAGUUUAACAUUGACCUGUUUUUAUAAUUUGAUAUUUUCGGCAUAUCUUGGUAUUAAUGGAAUCAGCAACUGAAAAAAGAAUAUAUUUGAUAUUGUACCGUGGCAUCUGAUAAAGUUGUGAAUAAUAGCAUCCCAAUUCAUAUUUGCCACUUAUGUUUGCCAGUUUCUAUUUACAGCAGCCAGUACAAUGUGGUAGUUUAAAGCAUGAAGCAGACUUGAUAAACUAUAGGUUGCAAGCCUUUCUAUGUGUUUUUUGCAUAUUGUAUUGUUUUAUUUUAAUAGUUUAUUAAUAAAGUUCUCAAAAUGCAUA